AUGAAGUUGAUUCAACUUAUUCAAUUACUUUCAUUCGCCAUAACCGUCUUGGGGUUUAGUGAUUCAGUUUAUAACAAAUUAUUUGAAAUUACCAACUAUGCUAAAAUUUCAUAUUGUUCAGUUGAUGAAAGAUUCACUACAGGUCCAUUUUCUGAAGAAUGUUCAGAUUUAGGUUUUUGUAAAAAAGAAGAACAAAAAGAUACUACAAUUGAAGCUGUUGUUCGUCCAAAUUUUUUCGAAAGUGAAAUUAGUGGUGAUUCUUAUGUUGCAGUUAAUGAUGAAGAUAAACAAGUUUAUAUUGUAUUCAGAGGUUCAGUUACACCAGGUGAUUGGAUUACAGAUAUUACAUUUGCACAAUGUCCAUAUGCAUCAGCUUUGAAAAAUGAUAUUAAAUAUGAUGAUUUUGAUAAUGGAACAGAUUCAGAUUCUAUUAAAGCUACAAUUUUAUCAAAAUCAAAUAAUAAAUUAGAAUGUGAAGAUUGUUAUGUUCAUUGUGGUGUUUAUGCAGAAUUCACCAAAUCAAUUCAAGAUUUAAAUAAAGCUGCUAAACCAUAUUUGGAUAAAGGUUAUAAUUUAACUAUUACAGGUCAUUCACUUGGUGGUGGUUAUGCAACUCUUGGUGCUGCUGAAUUUAGAAAUUUAGGUUAUAAUCCAUUAACUAUUACAUAUGCAUCAUUAAGAGUUGGUAAUCCAGCUUUUAAUAAAUGGUUAGAUUCAAUUUAUAAUACUGAAGAAAAUGCCAAAAUUGUUGGUAAUGGAGGUGAUUUACCAAUUCCAUCAUAUUCAAGAGUUCAUCAAGAAACUGAUGUUGUUCCAAGAUUACCACCAAGUGUUCCAGGUGUUUUAGAAUAUACUCAUUCAGGUUUAGAUUUUUCAAUUACUAAAGUUCUAUUGCCUCAUAAUAAAGAAAAUGUUGUUUUCCAAGGUGCUUCUGAUAAUGAUAAAAAUGAUGCAGUUGAUGUUAAAUUCCAACCUGGUAUGGUUUUAUUCAUUUAUCAACAUUUACAUCAAUUCCAAAGAAUUGGUGUUCCUUGUAAUGAUUGGGAUUACUUAGAUUAA